AUGGAAGGAUAUGACGACAAGAAGGACUCGGAGGUGAAUCGGAAGACCCAGGCAACGGAUUUGAGGAAGUCCAAAAUUGAAACGGAGAAACUCGUCCGAACCAGAGACGAGCUGACGGCGUCCCACGACAGAUUCGAAGGAGAACUCAGCCACGUCAACGAACCCAAAUUUCAGCUGAUGAGCAAAUCGACAGAUAGAACUCAGAAGCUUGAAAGAGUACAGAAAGAGCUCGAACGCGUGCAGGGAGAACUCGACGAGGCCAAUGGGGGUCUUCGUCAACAACCCCAAAAAGUCGAAGCCAUUCAGGCGGAGGCCAUGGCAAUCAACACUCGCUGGAUCGACUUCUUCAACGAGGGCGGCGAUCGCGAAAACUGGGUAUUCUUUGUCUGUGGACUGCGACGGGUUGAGGUCGCCGCCUGA